UGAGGGCCGUAACACGAGCAUGUGCGCCUCUCGGGGGACGGCGUCGUCGGCGUCCUCCACACCCCGCAGCACCCUGGACACCGGUGACGCGCGGAAAGGACUGUUCACCGGACGGCGGUCUCAGGCUGAAAACGAGCGAGUGACAGCCGACCACGAACAUCAACCCCCUCCGACGGCGAGCGCGACGCGGCCCCGUCUCCUCGUCCGAGAGGCCCUGGUUGGCCUGGUCCAGACGGCGGGCCGCAAGCGAGAGCUGGAGAGACUCUUACAGUGGAGCAUCCGCCGCGUCCGGCGGGCCCUCCCCGACAGUGUCGCGGGCGGGAGAAGCAGGCGAAGCAGAGCGCCUUCCUGAAGCCCGUCAUCCUGGAAGACUUUCACCCAGAUUUAUGCCUCGGGUCGAUUUGUCGCGGUGGUUUUCACUGGAUGAAUAAACCGAAUGGUUCGCUGAAGUGGCCGCCACACCGGCAGCACAGCCUACAGUGGUGUGCGAUGGGCUGCCUGCCCACAGGCGCGGCCUGCGUAGCCUGCGCUGUAGCGGAACCGUCUCAGUUCCUUGGGACUCGUGACGUACGCGUAGGGUUCGGCCCCGGGGGAAACUCUCGGUCGAUUAAUAAACGAUGAGCACUGAGGUCGAUUCUUCACCAGGAUAUUCACGCCCAUCACACUUUAGA